AUGCUCACCAACGUCAGUGAAGAGUUCGCUGAAAAAGUUGCCGAAAAAGCAAUCGGCCUCAUGUGGAAGAGAGCUAGAAAUCGUAUCGGAGAAUGGACGAGCUUUAUUCCCAAUGUUGAACCAUACAUGCGAUUUGUGUCACUCGGAGUUUGUUUGUUGGCUCUAAUUGCAUCGGUUGGAUUAUUCUUGAUUUAUUUCUUGAAAACAGGAGCCAAAUUUUUAGAUGAUAAUAUUUUCAAUCUCUAUGUGGCCAUUUAUUGUGCACUCUAUGGAUUGAUUCUUCCAUUCCUCGAAAUUCCAAUUCCAACCUUUCAACGAAAAGUUCCCAUUCUCAACAUUUAUCACAAAAACUUUUUAGUGAGAGGAAUUGUUAUCAUUGUGUUGAGUAUAUUUGUUUGCUUUACUGUAAUUUCGGCAUUACCUGGUGCAGGUGGAAUUAUUGUUGGAUGUGCUUACAUUUUCUUAUUGUACAUGAGAGGAAUUGAACCAAAAUGGCUCACUGAAAAGGAAGAAGAACCAAAGGCAGAGUAUUCUCGAUUGGAUCAAGAGGAUGAUGACUUUUAA